GCAAAACAAAAACAAAAAAACUUCUAGAGAGUUUGUGCGGAUAUGGCGACGAUGAGGAUGGCUUGCUUAAACCACAUCACUGCCACUACUCUGCUUCCGUGUCUCUACAACGGGUCAAUUCUUCCCCGCCGCUCCUUUCGUGUCCGAAAUGGUAGUUCUCGAGAACGAAAGUUUCAUCUACGAUGCGCCUCCUCACCUUCUGAUUCGUUGCAGUUUGAUUUCUCUCCGCCUCCGAUCGAUCACGAUCUCCUUGAUACUAUUAGUGAUGGUGGAGGUAAAGUUUCAAAAGACGGCGUCGUUGAGAGUUUCCAAAACGACGAUGAGGCUUUAGAUGCUUUUGAUACUGGAGUUGUGGUCGUGGACCUCUCGCAUUUUGGCAGAAUACGAGUUAGUGGAGAUGACCGCGUCCAUUUCCUUCACAACCAAACUACUGCAAAUUUCGAAUGUCUUAACCAAGGACAGGGAUGUGACACCGUAUUCGUUACCCCAACAGCAAGGACGAUUGAUAUUGCUCAUGCCUGGAUCAUGAAAAAUGCAAUAAUGCUAAUGGUUUCUCCAACCACGUGCCGAACCAUAAUUGAGAUGCUAAACAAGUAUAUAUUUUUUGCUGACAAAGUAGAGAUCAGUGAUAUCACCAAGAAAACUUGCUUAUUUGCUUUAGCAGGACCAAGAAGCAACGAAAUUUUGUCUAAACUGAAUCUGGAAGAUCUUAUUGGGCAGCCAUAUGGCACGCAUAAGCAUUAUAGUUUCGAUGGAAUGCCAAUUACAGUUGGGGUCGGGAGUCUUAUUUCAGAUGAAGGCUUUACCAUGUUAAUGUCACCAGGUGGUGCUGCUUCAGUCUGGAAGACUCUCUUAUCUGAAGGUGCAAUUCCAAUGGGUUCUGUAGCCUUGGAGAAACUGAGAAUCAUUCAAGGAAGACCAGCACCUGAAAGAGAACUCAGCAAGGAAUACAAUGUUCUUGAAGCGGGUCUAUGGAACUCAAUCUCUUUGAACAAAGGAUGUUAUAAGGGGCAGGAGACUAUUGCAAGACUCAUAACAUAUGAUGGAAUCAAGCAAAGGUUGUGUGGACUUGAACUCUCUGCACAAGCAGAACCCGGCAGCACCAUCACAUUCGACGGGAAAAAGGUCGGGAAGCUAACUAGCUAUACUAGAGGAAGAAACAGAUCUAGCCAUUUUGGAUUAGGCUACAUCAAGAAACAAGCAGCCUCAAUUGGAAACACAGUGACUGUAGGGGAAGACAUUUCUGGGAUAGUUGCUGAAGUCCCUUAUCUAUCCCGGCAACAUCCUCCAUCAACCAAUCCGAGUUCUUGAGUUAGAAGAAAAAAACGCUAUUGUACAACCGGUUGUCUUAUGCAGCCUCUGGUAAUAAAAUGAAACCUUUUUACAUAUUUGUUUUGAGAUGCGAGUAUAUUAUAUUGGGGUUCUCCUGGUAAAUUAAAACCUUAGUAUUGAUAGAUAGG